CGCACACAAACCGGCCACGCUCUUUCUGGAUAGAUCCGAACGAUUCUGGAAUUUUUAUUCACAAAACUUUUUCUUUCUUACGUUGACUCUCUUUUAAAAAUGUCAACCUUUUUAUUUCUCCCAGUUUUUGACUUUUUUUCCCCCAAAUUUCUUUUUGCUUGAAAUCUGGCAGGCAAUAGAAUUCCAAUUUCUCCUAAAAAGGCACUUUUUUAAGGAUAGUUCCAAAGUAUUAUCGAAAACCUUAUUUUGCCUGGAAAUCAGUAAUAUUCCGAAGCGGAAGAGUUUUUAGCAAACAGCGAGAUAUGGAGAACCAGUCGGCGGCGGAAACGGGGGGAACAAGUUUCUUCCAGCAACUUCUAAACAAGAGGAUGGUUUUAAACGCCAGAGACGAUACGAAAUCACUUCUUCAUCGGCUCAUCUUUGUGUCCAAAAUCUCAUCGGAAUUAGCAGAUAAGAGAGAUCUUGGAGAAUAUUGGGAGAAGACCUUUCAGGGUUAUAACCAGGGUGACUAUGUCAGCGGACUCCUGCUGCUUUAUCCCUCCUACACUAUCCACGUUCUGGAGUCCAGCAGUGACGUCCUGUACUGUGUACUGAGGGAGCUGAGGAACAUGAAGAAACAAGGAAACCGGGCUCUGGUGCUGGACCCCAGAAUCGUUGUGAUGUCCCAUGAUAUCCCCAGUCGUCUCUUCAGCCAGUGGAGCUAUAAAGUCCUGCACGUUCCUGCACAACACUUGGGAGAUAAGUAUGCCAACGAGACUGUUGAUGACAUCAUUAGCGAGUGUUUGACUAAGAUAUUGAAGAUCGGGAAGCACCUUACCAAGUAUCCCAAGGGUUCUAAGAACAUUCCAGACUCUGCGUUUGAGAAGGUGCCAGACUUAAUCAUUCCCCAAGCUUCCAUCUCCUUCCUCUUGCAUUGUAAGGACCUCCUGACUCCCGACCAGUUCCUGGAGACCUACGACUCUCCUCUGAACAUUCUCAUGGACUCUGAUCGUGUCUGGCCAACUCCAGUCCACUUAACACCCAUUCAGGCAUCACGCUGAUUGCAUCGACUCUUAAUCUCUCUUUGGUUCCAUCUUGAUGAAGACGCAGACUUACGUUAAACCCCCCAUUUACCAACACAGACACCUCAAGAGCAAAAUGUAAUUGUAAUACUUUUAAAAAUGAACAAAAAAACUAAAAAAACCCCAAAAAACAAAGAUGCAAUCAUUUUAUCUUCCUUCAUUUUUAUUUCAUCUUAUAUUAAAAAAAAAAAGACAUCUCAGGAGUGUUGGCUUUUGGGAGAAGCUAUGGUUCAGAACAUUUGAUUUGAUUACAGAGGUAUACACUGAAACAAUAUAUUUAUUGUCAGGAUGUCACAUGUUCAGACACGAUAGAGAGAGUCAGGGUGAACAUGCGUGAAAUCCGUUGGCUGUUGAGAUCUCCGGACAUAUUGAAAUCAUUUUUGGUGUCCGGUGGCAGGUGUCGUCUGGGUUACAUUGUAUCAAAGGCUUGGGUGACAACUUGCAUAAGUGACGGGUGUUAGGCAAAAAUAAAAAUGGUUUACAAAAGGUCUCUGGUGGGGUGGGAGGUGUGCAUAGGAACCCCCAUAACAGGUCGACAUAGGAAAUAAAUAUUCCUGUUACCGCGGGUUUGUUGAA